UGCGCGAUUUUCAAAAUGUCAACUCCACGUGAAACUGGAAGAGCAAAGAAACGAAAAUUCAUUUCGGAGAGUGCUGGCGAAAAGAAAGUAAAGUCACAUAGAAAGAACAUCAGUAAUAUUUCAACAACGACAGAAAAUGAAGAGGAAGACUUCCCUCGUGGUGGUGCAUUAUCUCUCACACCACUCGAAAUUAGGGAAGCUAAGAACAUGGCUGAAAAGGAUGUCUUGUUUGGGGCUGGAAGAAAUUUAAAAAAAGUUGGUAAAGGGAAAAAGAAGAAAAAAGUUAUUAAUGAAGCAGUUGAAAAUGAUCCAAUGCCAAACAUAAGAACAACCAGGAACUUAAAUGUUGACUGUCUUUCUUCAAAGAAACUUUGUAAAGAUGUUUUAAUACUUGGUGUUGUUGAAGAAGUAUUUGAAUUUGAAAUGGUGAUCAGCUUGCCAAGUAAUCUCAGUGGUUGUGUUCAUAUCACAGACAUCAAUCCUGUCUAUACGUCGCUUCUUGAAGAUGAUGAUUCUAAUAAUGAAAUGGAUCAUUUGACGCGGCUUCGAACCUUUUUUCCUGUUGGUACCCAAGUGAGAUGUAUUGUUGUGUCUACUGAUUCAACCAAGCAUGGUCAUAGUAAAAUAAAACUCUCAAUCAACCCGGAUCAUGUCAAUUGCUCUUUAAGUGCUGCCUCUUUAUUUCCAAAUAUGGUUGUAUCUGGUUAUGUACGUGAUGUGGAAGAUCAUGGGUAUUCUGUAUCAAUUGGGGUUAAAGGUGUACAAGGAUUUUUACCAGACAAGGACUUGAAGGAUAAACUGAAUGUUGGUCAAAUUUUGGAUUUUAUCAUUUCCUCCAUCAGCUCAGAUAAAAGAAUGAUACAUCUACAGAUUAAUAAAAAGAAUAGCAAAAAACGGCCGAUGACACAAAAAGAGAAGAUGGUGUUUUCAAACUUGUUGCCAGGAAUGUUUGUGAAAACAACAGUCAAACAGAUAAGUUUACAUGGUAUUGUUGUGUCAUUUCUUGGUGGAUUUCAUGGCUCAGUUGAAAUUCUUCAUCUUGCUGAGCAUGAUGGGAAUGAAGGCCACCAGAUAGACAAAACCUAUCCUCCAAUGGCAAAGGUUAUGUGUUGUAUAACCUACAUUGAUCCGUCAAACAAGACUGUAGGACUGAGUAAUCUUAAACACUUAAUCAACUCCGAAGUCGUGAAUUUUUCUGGUUUGAAUGUUGGUGAUAUAAUCGAGGACUCUGAAAUAGUGAGAAUUGACGAGAAAAAUGGCGUUGCUCUUAAGUUGAAGGAUCGUUGGCCGGCAUAUGCUCAUAUUUCUCGUUUGUCCGACGAAAAGAUUGCGAAUAUUGGCAAGAAAUUUAAAACAGGAAGCAAGCACAGUUGUCGAGUUCUUAGUUUCAAUUCUAUGGUUGGAUUAGCAUUGGUGACCUUAGAGAAGUCUAUCCUGGAACAACCUUUCAUUCGAUACAAAGAUAUCAAACCUGGUCUUGUUGUUGAUGGCAAGAUUCAAAGUUUGCUAAGAUCUGGAAUGAUCGUCGCUCUGUCGGAUCACAUCCGGGGAUAUUGUCAGUCAUUUCAUUAUGCUGAUGUCACUUUGAAACACCCGGAGAAAAAGCUCUACGAGGGAAAAGUUAAAUGUCGGGUUCUUGAAGUUAACGCCGAGAAGAAACGCCUUCGUUUGUCGAACAAGAAGACUUUGGUGAAAUCUGAAUAUCCUGUGAUCACCAAUCUCAAUGAUGUCCAAAUUGGAAUGAAAACACAUGGAUUUAUAACAUCAAUACAAAACUAUGGAUGUAUUGUUCAUUUUUAUAACAAUGUUCACGGUCUUGUACCAAAAGUUGACCUAGGUCUUAAAUCAAGUGAAAAAGCAAGCGAUGCCUUCUAUGUUGGGCAGGUGGUCACGUGUGUUGUGACGUCAUGUUCCUCAGAGAAAGGAAAACUUAAAUUAAGUUUUAACACAUCAGCUACACCUUCUUUAAUUAAUUCUGAGUCUCUUCUUCCUGGAACGCUUGUAAAUGUGGAGGUCGUAGGAAGGACUGAUUUGGGACUUGAUGUUCAAAUAAAACCAAGUAACACUCAUGCGUUCAUUCCGCUGGCUCAUUUGUCCGACAGUUACAGCAAUUGUCCUUCCCUGCUGGAGAUAUAUUCUCCCGUUCCUGGAGGUGAAGUUAAAUGUCUGAAUAACGUCUUGUUUUAUGGAAAAGAUAAACAGAAAUCAUUGAUUAUAACACGUAAACAGUCUUUGAUCAAAGCAGCUUCAAAAAGAGAACUAGUGAAGCAUUUUGAAGACUUGAAGGUUGGAAUGAUUCUUUCUGGCUUUACUAGGCAGUUAAUGCCUUAUGGUGUAUGUGAGGUCUCGCCAAAUAUCUACGGCUUAGCGCCAAAUUCGCUUUUGUCAAAUGGUUAUGUCGCUGAUGCUUCGGAUCAUUUUAAAGUUGGCCAGUCUGUUAUGGCAAUGGUGACGGAGAUAGACUACGAACGUCAUCGGUUAUUGGUCAGCUUGAAAUCAUGUGAUUGCUAUCCUAACCAAUCGGAAGACGAGAAAGAUCGUAAAGAAAGCAUAAAUCUGUUGGUUGAAUAUUUAAAGGAGCGGGACGAAAUAUUUGAUGGUUUGAGGCAUUGUUAUGUUGUUCAUGCAAAGGUUAACUCCAUUACAAAUUCUGGAAUCAAACUUCUUCUUGAAAAUGGAGUUGUCGGCUUUGCAGUACCACAGCUGAGCCGAGGUGCUAACCUUGCUGUUGAUAAAGUCUUAGAAGCUUUUGUUUUGGAUUAUGAUAUUGAAUACAAGAGACUUGAUCUUACUGUUGAUUCAAAUGUUGUCACAAAACGGAAAGAUAUAAAAUCUAAGAACAAGAAAAAGUUGAACAUUGGCGAAAUCGUGUCAGCGGUCAUACAAAGUAUCUGUAAGGAGUACUUACUGGUAAUACUGCCUGAUCAUGGAUUGCGCAUUGGCUACGUUGCAGUGAGAGAGAAUAUGAACGACUUUCGUGAUCCAGCAAGUCGCUUCAAACUUGGUCAAACCUGCAAAGCUACAGUUCAAAAGUACGUGCGUUCAAAAAUCGAUAAACGUGAAUACAUGAUUUUAACUGUUGAUGUCAGCGAAGAAACUGGCGACACAGUCCAUAUUGGGUCUAUUGUCAAUGCUAUAAUUACUUCUGUGAAAGGAGUUCAAUUGAAUGUUCACAUUGGUGCAAAGAAAUACAAAGGAAGGGUUUGUGUCUCAGAGAUUACGGAUGACAUAUUGCAGGGAAAAAAUCCGUUAUCUUUGUACUCUCGUGGUCAGAAGAUUCAGGGAAAAAUUUUAGGAUUUCGUGACUCAAUCAAACAUAAUUUUCUUCCUAUCACUCAUCGUAAUUUCUCAAAAACAUACGCUGAACUUUCUAUGAAGGCAAGUCGACUACGUGAAGACGAGAGCGAUGAUUCAAGCCAAGAAUUAAAGUCGUUUGAAAAAAAACUUGAAGAUUACAAAGAAGGAGAGAGGAUUUUUUGUUUCGUGAAAACUAUUUGUGAUCGUGAUAUUUGGAUGGUCGUCUCGACAUCAAUCAAUGGAAAAGUUCGACUUGUUGAUGUUUCAACUGAUAUGAAGGUUUUAAAGGAUGUUUCAAAACACUUUAGAAUUGGAUGUGGCUAUUUUUGCACGAUACUCAAUGUAAAUAAAGAACAAAAAUCUCUUGAUCUAUCGAUGUCAGCAUUAUUUUUCUUUAGGUUGUCUAGGGAAAAAGGUGAUAUUAUUCCUGGAGUCAUUACGAAAAUCCUACCUCAUAAAGGUCUUGCGGUUCAGUUACCUCAUAAAAACUACGGAUUUGUCUUUCUCACGGAUAUAGCUGAUGAUUUCCAUGAAGAUCCAUUGAAUGAAUAUAAAGUCAAUCAAUUGAUUAGUUGUUAUAUACUCGAGUUGAAUAAAAAUGGAAAUAUGACUCUCUCUAUACGAGCAUCUAGGACUCAACCUGAAACAAAGACAGAGAAAAUUGAUAAAGAUGUACAAAGUUUUAAUGAUAUCGAAGAAGGUGAGAUUUUGAGAGGGUUUGUUAAAGCCGUCAGCGAUGUUGGAGUCUUCGUCAGUUUGUCCAAAGACAUCGUUGGUCGAGUCCAGAUUAAGAAUCUCUCUCAAUAUUUUGUAAAGAAUUGGAAACCAUUGUUUCCCAUAGGAAAACUUGUCAAAGGGAAAAUUUUAAGUAUCGAUCCAAACAGUAACCAUAUAGAAAUAUCCCUGAAAGGAAUAGAUGUCGGCGAUAAAGAUCCGGCUCCAAAACCUGAACGAAGAAAAAAUAAACGAAAGCUUGAUAUGGAUGAGGAUUUUACAGAUAGUGAAAAUGAAGACGAUAAAAUUUUAAAGAAACUAAGAACAGAAGAAACUGACGAUGAUGUUCACAAGAGUGAAAAAGAAAAUGAAGAUGUUCCAUGUUCUGAUGAGAGCGAAUCUGAGGAGGAAGACAAUAAUAGACCCACGUUAAAGAUUCCAGGUGGAUUUAACUGGCAUUCAGCAGUUCACGAUGAUAAAAUGGCGAAGCAUAACGAUGAACGAGCAGCAAAUACGGAAGAUGAUGAAUCAAAUGAUGGAGAAGAAAAUACCGAGACGGCGAGAAAGAAAUCAAAGCGAGCAAAAAGAGCAGCCAAGAGCGAGGAGGAGUUUCUUUAUAAGACAGAGCAAGCUCUCCUUGACAAAGAUCUUGGUGCACAGACCGCUGAAGACUUUGAUCGCAUUCUCCUUUCUACUCCAAAUGACUCGUUGCUUUGGUUACAAUAUAUGGCGUAUUAUCUUCAUAUGACUGAAAUAGAGAAAGCGAGAGCUGUUGGCGAACGCGCCCUUAAGUCUAUUUCAUUUAGAGAGGAAGAUGAGAAAUUCAAUGUUUGGAUUGCCUUAUUGAAUCUGGAAAAUUCGUACGGUACUCAGGAUUCUCUCGUGAAAGUUUUCCAAAGAGCUCUGGAGCAGAAUGAGCCAAAAAAAGUCUUUGAACAUUUAGUAACGAUAUAUAAACGAUCAAGUAAAUUUGAGGAAGCAGAGCAACUGUAUCAAACGAUGAUAAAACGAUUUAAAUCCAGCAAGAGUGUAUGGGUAGAGUACGCGUCAUUUCUUAUGGAGCAAGGAGAACUAAAGUCAUCAAGAGAUUUGCUACAACGAUGUUUGAAAAGUUUGGAGAGACGUAAACACGUUGAAACUAUUGCUAAGUUCGCUUUGUUGGAAUUCAAAUACGGCGAAACUGAACGUGGAAAAACAGUAUUUGAUAAUGUACUGACGAGUUAUCCAAAAAGAACUGAUAUUUGGUCAAUAUAUGUGGAUGUGUUAACGAAGAAUGGCGAUAUUAAUGCGGCCAGACGUCUUUUCGACAAAGCUGUUACUAAAAAAUUGUCUUCAAAAAAAAUGAAGUUUAUUUUUAAGAAAUAUUUGGAGUUUGAGAAGAAACAUGGCGACGAAAGCACUGUGAUUAAAGUAAAGAAGAUUGCCGAGGAAUACGUGAAAGAUAAGACAGAUAAUGAGCUUUAAUUACUCUAGUUAUCAAAUGAUCCCAUUAAAAUGCAGACUCUCGAAAACUAAAUGAAAGACAAGGCAAAAUGACCUUAGUUACAAGAGCACGUUGCUUUUAAAGAUUGCUCGUUUACGAUUGUAAUCUCUUCAUUAAAACAUCGAAAACACGUACACACAUUUGUUCGUGCAAUUUAUAAGAGAUACACGUGUUUAAACAAAACCACAAUUAUUUUAUUCGAGAGUUGAUAUAACCAGUAUACCUCCAUGAAAUGAUUAUGAAGACUUCAUUUAACUGAACCCUGCAGCUAUGCUUGGAAUUUAUGUUUACAUGUAUGUCUGUGUCUAUACAUAUUAUAUACUGAAAUUCUAAUAUACUGUAUGUAAAAUUUAACAUAUAUGGAGCAUUUUCUUAAAUAUUUAUAAACACCAUUGGUCUAUAUGACCAAAGUAAUCCAACUUAA